AUGAGGAUUGGAUUAGAAAAUUAAAACAAGGAAAAUGAAAGUUAGAGUGAAAAUACAAAAAAGUAAGAUUUAUUACUAGUAAAAGGACAAGGGCUAUCCUCAGAAAUUAAGAGGCUAAAGCUUAUAAAGCAAGAGAUGAAGAAUUAGAAGACUAGAAAGCUAGAUAUGCAGAAUAAGAAUCUCAAGGAUUAACCGUUGUUCGAAAAAAAAGAAUUAUUUUAAUUUAUAACAAUGAAUCAUGUUUAAAAAAAAUGUUAAGAAGAGUUAUCUAUGUACUAAACUUAGUUGGAAACCUUAAAGAAAGGCUAGCAAAAUAAGUAAGCUUAUUUACAACUUAUAGGAUGUCAUUGUUAUAACAUCAGAGGUUAUAUCAAAACUGUUGAAACCAAAACUACUUAACUCAUUAGUUAAACAGUAGAAAAAGUAAGUUGUUUUAACCAUGAAAGGAACAAUAAAAACAGAUAUAUAAAAGUAAAAUGUAUAAUUUCCAAAUAAAUAAUUUAAAAUCUUUAAUAUAUCGAAUUAAUUGAAAUGGAGGAUUCUUUAGCAUACAAAUUAUGUACUCCCUUGCCUUUACCACCUCUAAAAAACACUUUGACGCAAUAAUAAAUCACAAAAGUGUGUUCUGACAUAACUUGCGAUAAAAGACCAUUUAUUCAAUCUCCAGAGGACCCAUAGUUGUUUCAUAACGAUCAUCUGACAAAGAUUAUCGAUGUCGAAGCAUUUGCCUCACAAUUUUGUGAAGAAAUGUCGAGAUUGGCUAACCAAAACAUCGUUUUAUAUUAGGAAUUUAUGUAAAAUAAAGAGAAUAUCAGUUUGUUGUAGAUUUUGGAAUAAGGAGAAGCACAUUUAUAAAAGAUUGAUGAAAUGGUUAUUAGAUAGAAAACUGAAUUGGCGAUUGAUAUUACAAAUCUUCAAGAAAAAAUUAUGGUUGUAAUUUAAUCGAUAAAAGAAGAGAAUAUGAAGAGACUAGAUAGUUUCAAUGAACAAUACAAAUAAUCAUUUAUCACAUUAAAAGCGAAUAUAGAUUAGUUUUUCCUUUUGUCAAGGCAAAACUUUUAUUAUUCCAAUUAAAAUACAUUUUAAUAUAAGUUGGCAUCUUUAGGAACACCAGAAGCCCAAUAAUUUUUAUCCAAUUUAAAGAAUCAUCUGAAUAAGAGCAAGUAGCUAUCAUAAGGAAAUGUUACUCCACUAUAAAUGUUAACAGAUUUACAAACUUUGGCAAGAUUCCUAUUGUAAAUGACUAAUUCUCCUCCAAACUAUGAUAAGUUAUAAAAUCCGCAGACGAACAUAUUAGAUUCAGUAGUGAAUGAGGUUGGAUUUGUGUUGAAUAAUGUUGUGUCAGCGAGAUUAUACAUUCCUUUUGGCAGUAACAAAGAAUUAUCUUAAGUUCAAACCGGAGAAAAUAAUCUACAGUUAUAGAUGGCAGCCAGAAACAUAGAUAAUUUCUAAUUGAAACCAACUAAAAAGUUUACAAUAGGAACUUAAAUAACAUGUAUUCUAUCAAUUUUAGAUAAUUUGUUUGCAAUUGGUUCAUAAAAUGACAGCUAAUUAAGAAUAUUCGAUACAACAUAAAAGAAGAUAGCAACAUAUUUAGGUCACACUUAGAACAUAGUUUAUCUUGAGAAGAUUUGUACGAGUGAAGCAAAUAGCAGAUAGUUUGUGUCUUUGGGUUAGGAUAAGCAAUUGAUUGUUUGGAAUAUCGACGAUAUAAUGAUAUCUACUCAACCCAGAGUGUUUAGGAAGAUCCAAUUAUCAUAAAUGCCAAAUAAUGCCUUAGAUUUGAAAGACAAUACUCAUAUAGCAUUUAGUGAUUUAAAUAGAGAUAUCAAUAUUUGCAAUUUCUACACUCAGAAGAUUGGAACAAAUAAUACUAAACAUUUGAAUAAGAUAAAUGGAUUGACACUUUUAAAGAAAGGAGAGAAGUUUAUAUCCUAUUCUUCAGAUUCAAUAAUCAAUAUUUGGAGACUUAUGAAAUAUGGUUCAUCUUAAGAUCCUGUUUUAAUUUGUGAUUAGAAUUUGCAUGAUCCUCUUUAUGGGUCUAUUAGUCAGAUUUUCAUCACAACUUAAUGGCCAGGUCAUUGCAUAAUUGUUUCAAAUGAAGGCGCAGUUAAGUUAUUUGAUUUCAAUAAAAACUGCAUUGUUUUUUCAAAAUUCGGCAAUAGAAAAAUUUAGAGCACUUUAAUGGAAAGCGUUUUGAUUGAAGUUUCUGAUUAGAAAAUUAAUCCCCCUGUUUGGCUAAUUACAUUUAGUUUCAAUGAUAAUAUAGCUACAUAACAUCAUUUGAGUAUGUCUCCUUAUGCUAUGCAUUCCUCAGACAUCAAAUUGGGACAUCAAUUAACAGUGGGAUAAUAAAUUUAUGGUAAGCAUAAGCUUUAAUUAUUUACUUAAUCAUCUCCUGCUUCAAGUGGAAGUGGCAAAAUUGGCUCUAACAUACUUCUGUUUAGCAGUGAUACGUCAGAUGAAUUAUUGAUGUAUGAAUUGAAAGGAAUUUGAAGAUUGUUAAAGUAUUCAUAAAUAGUAUAUGCAUAAAAUUUAUAUUAAAUAUA